AUGUACCUGGUCACCAUGCUUGGGAAACUGCUCGUCAGCCUGGCCAUCAGCUCUGACUCCCACCUCCACACCCCCAUGUAUUUCUUCCUCUCCAACCUAUCCUUUGUGGACAUCUGCUUCAUCUACACCACUGUGCUGAAGAUACUGGUGAACAUCCAGGCACAGAGCAAGGACAUGUCCUACAUAGGCUGCCUCGCUCAGGUGUGUUUCUUUAUGAUUUUUGCUGGAAUGAAUAAUUGCCUCCUGCCUGUGAUGGCCUAUGACCAGUUUGUGGCCAUCUGCCACCCACUGCACUACCAUGUCAUCAUGAACCCACAUUUCUGUGGUCUCCUGGUUCUGACAUCUUGGGUCAUUAUUUUCUGGAAUCCCCUGCUUCAUAUUCUCCUGAUGAUGUGGCUGAUCUUCUGUAUAGGCACUGAAAUUCUACAUUUCUUCUCUGAACUGGCUCAGGUUCUCAAGGUGGCCUGCUCUGAUACUCUCAUCAAUAACAUCUUGCAUGUGGCCACUGCCCUGCUGGGUGUAUUUCCCUUCCCUGGGAUCCUCUUUUCUUACUCUCAGAUUGUUUCCCCUGUAAUGAGGAUGUCCUCUGCAGGAGGAAAAUAUAAGUCAUUUUCCACCUGUGGGUCUCACCUCUCUGGGGUCUCUGUGUACUAUGGGACAAGCCUAGGGGUCUACCUCAGUUCUGAUGUGACCCAUUCUUCCCACAGAAGCUCAGUCACCUCAGUGAUGUACACCGUGGUCACCCCCAUGCUGAACCCCUUCAUCUAG